CUGAUAACAUUGAGUACGAUCUAUGAGAAAACGGUAAGGUUAGCGUACAUUUUCAGAUUCUACAUACUAAAUGCCAUUUCGGAUACAUAUGGCAAGUUUAUGUGUCUCAGAAUAUAAACGUCCAACAACAACACCUUUAUAUUUCCAUUAGAAAAUAUAGGAGCUGGUAGGAUUCUAUUUUAUAUCUUACGUAGUAUAUUACUUACUCUAUGGCGAGUAGUAGAUUCUAAACACAUUUUUUGGCAACGCUCACACAAAUGUCAAAAUAAAUAACGUUCGCGCAAGACAACAGUACAACGCUUGUUGUCCAGGUUUUCCAAGUAUUUAUAACAAAAACCAACGUUAACAGGAUUUUACUAAGUGAAUUAACCCAGUGUGAUGUGAGCUUAUACACCAGUGAAAUAGUACCAGAGUGUUUGGAUGGGCGUUGGACGUGGAACGUCAAUUAGCUUUGAUGACUCAAUAUACAGUGAAACACAAUGGGAACACAACACUAUAUUAUCCUAUUGACUAUACUACUGUGUAUGAGAUAUUGUGCGUGCGACCGUGGUGACUAUCUGGGCUGCUACCGUUUAAAGAUCGAGGUGGUGCUGAACACCCAUACCGGCCAGUCGGUGGACGUGUGCCUGACGGCUUGCGAACAGGUAUACUAUAGAUAUGCUAUAAUCGAUAAAGAAGCCACGUGCUUCUGCGGAAAUGUGCCCGGUGAGUUCCAAAUACCGACAGAGACGUGUAACAACCCAUGUCCGAAGAACGCGUCGCAAAUCUGUGGCGGCGACAACGCCACCAGCGUCUACGACACUGACGUGACCACUCCGGGGCCGCCGGCGUCGAUCGAUAUCGCUAAUAUCACGGAGACUACCCUCAGGCUUCGCUGGUCGUCGCCUAGUGCUUAUUCUUCCAUAACUGGGUAUGUAAUAAGAGCCUUAGUUCUGCAAACAUAUGCUGACUUCGCUUUGCCGCCGUUGGAGUGGAGGAUGUCAAACAACACUUUCUUCACAGAGCUUCUCAACCUACAUCCUGGGUCUGUUUACAAUAUUAGUGUGGCAGCUCUCAAUUAUGAUAAAGAAGGAUCAAGUAUAAUGUCUACUAUUGAAACUGUUAUUGGCACACCAGAUCCCAGCCCUCCUGACAUAGAAAUUAGGGAGCGAAGGGGUGAUAGAAUGUCCAUACACAUUCCAGAAGCUAAGAAUGUGAAUGGUCCUGUGUCUAUGUAUAGGAUUGUGGUCUCUAUUGAGUUAUAUCAACAAGGCUUUAUAGUUGACAACUUAGGCAACUAUUCUUUCGCCACAGACCAGGGCCUACCUUACUAUAUUACUGCAGAAUUGGAUCCCGAUGACAUAAAGAAUGACUUCAUCAUAGGUGACAGACAUGUUUACAAUGGUUUCUAUAAUGCUCCUUUACCCCUGACCAAUGAUAUUGACAUAUCUCUGGGAAUACUCAGUGAGAAGAAUCACGUUAGAAAAAUUAGGUAUGCAGAGUCAACCAAAAAGAUUAUUUUAAAUAUAAAUGAGCCUGAAGAUAUUUCCCCAUUGGUGGUGGCUCUGGGUGCUGCCAUAGCUAUUGGAGUGGUGUUGUUAUUGAUUGGUAUAGGACUACUUAUUAUUCUACGCAAGAGAAUACAAUUGGCAAGAAUCCAAAGGGGAUCUCAGUCAAUGCCUCUAAGUCUCAGUGAACCUUGUGUUGAAAUUGAGAAUUCAGGCUUCAUACAAGAUGAGGAUGAAAGGGUUGACUAUUAUGGUAAUUUGAAACGCAAAUUGUGGAACAUACCUAGAAAUUUAAUUGAUAUUGACAUAUCCUGUGUUGUUGGUCUGGGCAGCUAUGGGAAAUUCACUAAAGGGAAAGUUCAACAACAUGGUGCUCAGACCAUUGGCUUAGUUCAAGUCAUUGCUGAUAGAGAACUGGAGAAGACUGAUAGAAAGAUGAUGCUGCAGGAACUGGACCUACUUAUCAAAUCCAGUGAACAUGAGAAUGUGAUCUCACUUAUUGGCAUCUGUGAGACCGCUACCACAUUAUUUGUGGUGCUGGAAGAUCCUAAGCAGUCAUUAAAAGAUUUCCUGCUACAGAGCAGGCAUAGAGAUUUGCAGAACAACAAAUUUUGUCUUGUACCAGAGAGUAGGGUCCUGCAUAUCUGCCUCGAUGUCGCGCGUGGAAUGGAAUACUUACAUGCGAAGAAGAUAGUGCAUAAGCGUCUGUGCUGUCGAAAUGUGAUGAUGAGCGACACAGGCGUCGUGAAGGUCGCAGGCUUCGGUCUCUCGCACAUGAGGCCGCUGCACGAGUCGCCCGACUACACCCGGUGGACUUCACAUGAGAUGCUGCGGCAGACGAGAUACCACCCGAAAGCGGACGUGUGGUCUUUCGGCUGCUUAAUGUGGGAGGCUUUGACGUUAGGAGCAACCCCAUACUCACACUCGGGAAACAAGGAGGUCGCGGGCAGGAUACUUCGAGGGAUGCGUCCCUCCCAACCAUCGUAUGUGGGUGAUGAACUGUUCCAAUUGUGUUUACAGUGCUGGCAAGUGGAUCCUGAAGAGAGGCCCUCCUUCACCUCCAUGUUGCAUGAACUGAGGCCGCUCACGGAGGGUCCUGGCAGUAGGAAUCUCAGCUUCACUCAUUACAAUAGCUUUAACUACGAACCUUACGUGCCGGAGUACGAAAUUAUAUCAUAGUGUAACCAAAUGUAUAGGGCCAUAGCAAUUAGCAUCCAAAGAGUGACAGUGUUAAGUCUGCAAAGGUGGUGAAGGAUUUGUGCCUGCAAUUUGUUAGUUUUCGCUUUUUUGUGACGUGGAUUGCUGUUCCGAAAAUUCAUUGUUAUGUCACAUUCAUUUUAUGAAUUUUAUGUAAGUACAGAAUAAGUGUAGGGCCUUAAUUUGUCCGGUGAUGAAUUCUGAUUCCUGAGGCCAGCAGGCCGCAACUACGCGUCGAAUUUUUGGAGUAGCCACCCAGACGUAAUAUUUAUUUAUACUUAAAUCCUUUGUAUUGAGUCAUACUUGUUCGAAAACAUUUUGACCUUGUCUUUACGAUGCGAAGAUACAUAAAUUUUUGACAGUGACGCAUCUAAACAAUACGCUUGCCGUUUUGGCCGUUAGUAUGUAUAAACAUGAAUGAAGGUGUGGCAAAAAAUGCAGUGUUUGACUAAAGUUGACCUUUCGACAAUUUCAUGUAUCACUAUUCAAGUUAUAACUCAAAAACCACUCUAAAAUUAACAUCUACUUUGUUUCUAUUAGUGUAUUAUAAUUUUUUAAUGUUUGUUAUUAUACAAAGUUUCUAUACAUUCGUGCAUCAAAUAGUAAAUGGUUGAUUUCUACAUCUAGGGUGAUGUCUACAUGGUAGUUUGCAUUUUAGGAUUGUGCUAAGAUAAGUUUAUAGAUUGAAUACGUAAUCAUUCAAUAACGUGCCAAUAUGAGCCCGCAUUAGAGAUUGCAAACAGUAAUUUUCUUGAGAUCUCGCAUAAAUAUGUAUGAAUGCUGUUAAUUUUGGGUCAAGAUGAACACCGGUAUUACUGGAUAAUGUGACAUUUAAUGCACAUCAUUUAAAUACUUUGAGAAAACCACAAAACUAAUAUGUUAUUACUUUAGCGAAAGAUUUCACCGCAAAAGGAAAAUAAGACAGGAAAAGCAAAGAGAAUAUGGGAAAUUCACAACGCAUUUUCGUAAAAUAAUAACGGGAAAAUUAGCGAAACAGCAAAUUUGCUUGUUUGAAAAACUAUGACAAUACAUGAUAUUAUACGAUGAAAUGUUACAAAAACAAGAUUGAUUGUAAUUAUACGCGCACCAACCAAAUAUUGCACAGUUGUCCGAAUUCUUUAGCAAUGCAGUUAACAAAAUCAAGUUCAUUGAUAAUGUUGCGACCGACGUCGGUAGCAAAGGUCCGGGGUUCAGUGACCCUAGGUGCGUGUUGCCGCGUCAGAUAACUUGCGGACACGCCACUGUGCGCACGCACACUUGAUAUCCACGUUUUGUGCGAUAAUUCGACAUCGUUGGGUGAAGAAAUAUCAUCGUAUUUAGUGUUGGUGAAAAAUCAACACUGAAUCGUUCAGUAGGCAAACUGGCAUAACUUUGGACAUCUCUCGUAGAUUGAUGUUAUAUUAUAUAUAACAUUAUAAUAUUUCAAUUAUCAUUGUGUGCAGUAUAGUAAUUUGUAAAAGCAUCUAAUAAAAUAGUAUCAAACAAAAAAUAUGUUACAUUACCUUACGGAAUUAAAAAGUAGCACGAAUCUAUUUACCAUGUAUGCUGUACACGUGCAAAAUGUCGUAAUAAAUGUAAUAUAGCAACUAUCGAACUCUUUUGUAGAAUUUAUAUUGUAACAUUAGGUAAAUGUUAUAGUCCGCGCGCACCUGCUAGUCACUGGAAUAGUAGGGGUGUAUGCUUAUCGAUAUCUUUGGCAGUCGUGUAUGCAGGUUGCUUGCAGAUUUUAGGAAUAGACUAGAGAAGUUUUUAUUUCCUCGCUGGUUAUUAUAAUGUUCACCUGGUUUUGUUAAUGUGUUACUGUGCAUUGAGUAUAAGUAUCGUACUAAGCCUGUAUGAAAGACUAGCGCGGAGGUGACUAUCAGUGGUGCACGGACUAUAUCAUUGUAUAGCUCGCAUGACAGCAAUUAUAUUUAUAUAAUUUUUUAUUUUACUUUUAUACCUGUUUUUUGUAAUCAUCGACUGUUACCUUUAGUAAGGCGAAGAAUUUAUUAAUUUUUAUUUUUUUUAAGUUUUAUGAAUCUAUUGUAUAUGACGAAGACUUGGCAAUUUAUCAUUUUAAUAACAAGACUUUUGUAGUUGUAGAAUGUAUGAAUGUAGCGUAAAAUGUAGUACGAGUUAUGGCAUUAUAUUUAUCUAUAUUUUUAACAAUUGUAUACAGAUUAGUGAUGCAUUGACUAGUGGAAGACGGAUCGAGAAAGCACACUUCAAUGUUUUCAUGACGCAUUGCAGUUUAUUUGUAAAGAGCGACACGACUUCGCGCGUCUGCAUGUAAAAUCGAGCAUUUACACACAACAAAAUGACUUCAUUAAUCUAGACCUUUUAUGUAUAAAAUUAUUAAUAAAUAACAUGUUUAUCAUUGCCAGAAUGCGCGAGGACAUUCGCUUUACAAUAUUUAUCGUGACCUCGUCGUUUUUGCACUCGAACGUUGCAUUAGUUUGAUCUUGUUAGUCGAAUAAUGUAUGCUUGUAGUCGUAAAAUAAAAUGUUUUCGAAUUGUCUUUGUAAAAGUUCGAUUGGAAAAUUGGCAGAGAUUUUACCUCAAUACGUCACAUGUAAAGUUCAGUAAAUAUUGGAUACUACUAUGUUGCAAUAAAAACCGCAGAUAUAAACUCUUCUCACUUAAUAAUCACCAUGGGCAGUUAUACUUAUAUAUAAAUAUACUUAAAACAUGUACCUGUCAUAAACUCACGUAUUGAUUUCAUUGAAUUGUCUACAGUUUGUAUUGUAAAAUAGUAGAUUCACGUACCUCUAGAUAUAAAACUUAAAUCCCAGUAGUUUUAUGUACUUAUUGAUAAGAUCAUGCGUUUUUCUGUCUACUGCUGGACAUAGAUGUGGUAAACGCAGUGGAUUUUUCUCCUCAUUUUAUAAAACUGUUUUUUUUAUAGUACCUAUUUGAUAUUAAAUAACGAACCCAGUGUUCGGUUAUAAAUGAAAUGAGUUUAGAAUUUUGGAUUUGAUGUUUUUAACUAUUUUGCUCGUCAUGUACUUAUUUGAGCAGUAUUGUAGAAUUCUAUAUAUGUAUAUUUGGUGCGACGUAAGCAAGAACGGUCGCCAUCUAAUUUUUUGAAACUAAUGCCCAAGGAACUCUCAAUUUCUUUCUUUUUUUGCAGAUUUUAAAAUUCUUCUUAUAGAAUAAUUAACCGUGAGCUCUCAUUUAUUUUUUAGAAAGAUAUUUGCAUAUUCCACUUACUCAUUUAUAAUUUUUUCAUCAAGUCGUUCUUGCGCAAACGAUUCAGUUUUUUCUACAAUUGAAUACUACUUAUCGUCUUAGCCAUAAGAUUAGUUUAAGAUUAUUGUCAAGUGUUGUUUGUGUUUGUUAUUUUGAAUGAUCUGACAUUAUGAAAUGCCGUCCAUUUUUAUUUUUUUUUGUAUGAAUCUCAACUGUACUUAACCGAUGUAAAGUGAGUGAUUAAAAGAAUUAGCACAAUA